CAGAGACAAGGAAGCAGCAGCCACACUGGGGGCCACAGGAGGGCCCUCAGUGGUGUUCAUGGCUGGCCUGGACCCCACACUGAGCACAAGUCACCCAUUCUAUGAUGUGGCCAGACACGGCAUCCUGCAGGUGGCAGGGGAUGACCGCCAGGGGAGACGCAUCUUCACUUUCAGCUGCUGCCGGUUGCCACCCUUGCACCAGCUCAACCACCAGCGUCUGCUGGAGUAUCUGAAGUACACACUGGACCAGCAUGUGGAGAACGACUAUACUAUCAUCUACUUCCACUAUGGCCUCAGCAGCCAGAACAAACCAUCUCUAGGCUGGCUCCAGAACGCCUACAAGGAGUUUGACCGGAAGUACAAGAAGAACCUGAAGGCAUUGUAUGUUGUGCAUCCCACCAGCCUCAUCAAAGCACUGUGGAACAUCUUCAAGCCCCUCAUCAGUCACAAGUUUGGGAAAAAAGUCACCUACUGCAGCAACCUGCGUGAGCUCCGGGAACACCUUCAGUGCGACCAGCUGCUCAUCCCCCCGGAAGUAGUGCGGUAUGAGGAGAAGCUGCGAAACCUGCACAAAGGCCAGCCAGCCCCUCCCACCAAGACGCCGCCACCUCGGCCGCCUCUGCCCACCCAGCAGUUCGGCGUCAGUUUGCAAUACCUCAGAGACAAAAAUCAAGGUGAACUCAUCCCCCCUGUGCUGCGUUGGACGGUGACAUAUCUGAGAGAAAAAGGACUGCACACUGAGGGCCUGUUCCGGAGAUCAGCCAGCGCCCAGACUGUCCGCCAGGUGCAGCGGCUCUAUGAUCAAGGGAAGCCUGUGAACUUUGAUGAUUACGGUGACAUGCACCUCCCAGCUGUGAUUCUGAAGACAUUUCUUCGAGAGCUGCCCCAGCCGCUGCUGACCUUCCAAGCCUACGAGCAGAUUCUCGGGAUCACCAGUGUGGAGAGCAGCCUACGGGUGACCCACUGCCGCCUGAUCCUACGGAGCCUCCCAGAACACAACUAUGCUGUCCUCCGCUACCUCAUGGGCUUCCUGCAUGAGGUGUCUCUGGAGAGCAUUUCAAACAAGAUGAACAGCUCUAACCUGGCAUGUGUGUUUGGGCUGAACUUGAUCUGGCCAUCCCAGGGGGUGGCUUCCCUGAGCGCCCUGGUUCCUCUGAACUUGUUCACAGAGCUGCUGAUAGAGUACUAUGACAAAGUCUUCAGUGCCCAGGAGGGCCCUGGGGAGCACAUCCGGGAUACUGUCGAAACGAAACAGGCUGGUCCUGUUACCAAAGAAUUCACACAGAUGGGCACUCCCCGGGCCUCACCAUACCUGUCUCGCCUCCGUAUCCCCUGAGUAGCUGGGGACACCUCAAGAUGGAGAUUGGAGAUGCCCCCUUCCAUUCUAUGCAUCUGUGUACCUGGUUGUCUUACAAACUUACUGUCUUUAAGAAGACACAGGAAUUAAAUGGACCCAGAACUUUCUAA